GAACUGGCAAGUUUGGCUGCAAGCGGCUGUGGCGGCUGAUCAUGAAAGAUUCUAUAGGAUCCCCCGAUGGCUUUGUUGGAAGGAUGUCUGCUCCAUGGAGCUUUUAUAGACGGCCUUGGGCGCUCUUCUUCUGCUGGACUCUAGCUUGCAACUCAGGCGCAACUCAGCUUCCUCUUAGAACAACCCGGCGUGACAUAACAAAGUCACAAACACAUUGGCCAUGUCUGCUCUACUCCGACUUCUCACUUUCCUUGUUGCUGCGCUUGCGCUGUCUCCAUUCGUUUGGGCGCAAGAUGUGCCGCUUCUCUUGAUUGGUGCUUUCGAAGGUGCCACAGCAGACGAUGACUCUUUCAACACUGGUGGUUUUGUCAGCGUAUUAGGGCAAAGUGUCACUGUACCCAAGAACCUCCAGGUUGCCUUCCCUGCUACAUUUGUUCCUUGGAAGGACUUUGUUGGGUCUGCCUCAAAGUUCCUUGGCUACGAGAUCAAUGUUGUGGGCAACUACGUAAAUGGAGUUCCUAUUGCAGGUCAGAUUUCCAUCAGCCAAUUCUCCGUCGCGUUUGGCGCCGGCUACAUUGAAAAGAUCAACCCGGACGGUACACUGGGCAUGAAGAAUGGAGUAGACAUUCGUAUCAAUGACCCCACCGGCGUCUUUGGUGUCGUCUAUGACGCCGACCCUUUCUUCACAGCGGACCCGGAGAACCCCAGCGUCACGUCGUUUUCGGGCUUUCCCAUGUGCGUUCCGCGCAACGCCAGCGACCCUCUUUGUCCGGACUCCCAACGACCUGUGCUGUCUGGAGGGACAAAACAAGGCACUUUCUUGGCCGUCGACCCUCUGGUCAUGGCACCCCUGGUCCCUGGCGACUGGAUCGAGUACAGCGGCUUCAAGCGCGGUAACACAUACUACGCAUUCGAGAUCGUAGCCACCAACGUACAGAUCACCACGGACCCCAGCCGUGGCGACCCUACGUACAUCCGGGUCGAGGACGCCCUCAUCGGAGUCUACAACGCCGACCCCAACGUCGAAACGGCCGAGACCAAGAUGAUCGGAUACACGUCCGCGGCAGCCAGCGUGUCCAUGUCGGCCGUCGACAUCGACGUCUGCACAGGUGAGGUGACGCUCCGGCAGAUCGGCGCCGUGGGCACGCGGGCCGGGCAGGUGCGCAACAAGUUCGAGUUCCGGGAGAAGUCGACGACGGUGACAAAGUACACGCAGCAGUACCUCUUCAAGUCGGACAAUGGAAUAAAGACCACCAAGAACGGCAUCCAGGCCGGCCAGUACAUGACGCCCGUCACCGAGUGGAUCCAGCCCGAGCUGACCACCCCCGGCCUGGCCCCGCCCCAGCACUACUUCAACGACAUGGACUACGCCACCAAAGGUCUCGGCUUCGACGGCACAAACAUCUGGGGCCCGCUGACGCCCUUCCCGCAGACCGGCGUCACCGUAUUCGACACCAGCACCUGCCCGCCGCCGUCGAACGAGACCAGCCCGGCGCCUUCAACCACCACCUCGGCUGCUCCCACGCCCAGCAGCACCGUGGUCGUGGACACGGUCACUUUCCAGUCGCUGACUUGGACCAACGGCCAGGGCGGCACGCUGGCAGCGACUUGUCAGUCGGUUGCUGGAAGCGGUGGCCAGUCCGCGUCCAGCAUGGUGUUCCAGUUCUCGAACCGGGAUGGUGCCUUUUCGCAGACGAUGACCAACGCGGGUAGUGGUGUCUUUACGUAUAGUGCGAGGAGCACGAGGCAGCCGAGCGGGACUGUCAAGUGCGUGAGCAACUUGGGUGGAACUGCUAGUGCGUCGGCGCCGUGA